AUAAAAACACAGGUAUCAAUUGAUAAGUGGAGAUCAUUGUAUUCCACAAGAGAGCAUUGUAUUCCAACUUGUCCUUUCCUAUUUCAAUUUUUUCUCCCUCCAAUCUUCAGAGAUUCAUUUCACUGGCGGUUUAAUUCACGGCGGCGCGACCGUUGAACCCUUGCUUCUCAGCGCCUCUGGCCGAUUAGAUUCUAAUUAGCAAUGACUAUUUUCUGCUGAUCAAGAUUUAGCCUAUCAUUUGCGAUGAAGACUCUUGGUAGUGAAGAGUUUGAUGUAGAAACUGGAGAAUUUGAUAACGAAAGAGAAAAGUUGAUACGGAGUAGCAGAGUAGUUCAGAUAAACAAUCAGGCGUUGUUAUCUGGUUUAGCGUAUUGUCUAUCGUCAUGUAGUAUGAUACUGGUUAACAAGUAUGUUCUCUCCAGCUACGAUUUCAGUGCUGGAAUAUCUUUGAUGCUUUACCAGAACUUUGUUUCAGUAUUAAUUGUGUCUAUGCUGAGUACCCUUGGCGUAAUAUCAACAGAACCAUUGACGUGGAGAUUGAUCAAGGUGUGGUUGCCUGUAAAUGUAAUAUUUGUUGGGAUGCUAGUCACAAGUAUGUUUAGUCUAAGGUACAUUAAUGUCGCCAUGGUUACAGUUCUGAAGAAUGUUACAAAUGUAAUAACAGCAGUUGGUGAAAUGUAUCUGUUUAGUAAGCACCAUGACAACAGAGUUUGGGUUGCGCUGUUUUUAAUGAUUAUUUCAGCAAUCUCUGGUGGUUUUACUGAUCUAUCUUUUCAUGCUAUUGGCUAUACGUGGCAGAUUAUUAAUUGUUUCCUGACAGCAUCAUAUUCUUUGACACUGCGUAGGGUUAUGGAUACAGCAAAAGUAGUGACAAAGUCCGGAAACUUGAAUGAGUUUUCGAUGGUUUUGCUAAAUAACACCCUCUCUUUGCCCCUCGGUUUACUUCUUAUAUUUGUGUUCAAUGAGGUGGACUAUCUUGCUACGACACCACUUCUGAGGCUACCCACGUUCUGGUUGGUGAUAACUUUAAGUGGAUUUUUGGGUUUAGCGAUCAGCUUCACCUCUAUGUGGUUUCUUCAUCAGACAAGUGCUACUACCUACAGUCUUGUGGGGUCACUAAAUAAGAUACCCCUUUCAGUCGCUGGAAUCCUUCUGUUUAAAGUCCCAACCAGUCUUGAGAAUUCCGCAAGCAUAUUAUUUGGUCUUGUUGCUGGUGUCUUCUUUGCCAGAGCUAAAGUGCGGGAGAGAUCACAGUCUUAAUAUGUUGGUUGCUGCUACAAUAUUUUUACCGCCCUCAGCUAAGAACAAGCAGCCACAUUUAUCUGCUUUGUGUUACGUAUCACAGUACUAUCAUGGCUCUUAGAAGCAGCAAAAGGUUAAGGAAAUCGGAAAGAAUUAUGGAGAAGUGUUUUUUGUAGGAUUCUUUUCCCCAUUGAUUUUCCUAGUUCCUAGAAGAGAAGGUGAGCUUAUCUGUAUAUGUUUGUGUUGUAAUGUAAUAUAUAGAAAGAACUGGUGCUAUUCUAGCUCCUGAUCAUUCACAGAUACUGUUAACCACUAGUCAGUGAUUUUAUUUUACCGUUAUUUGGAGCA